CGCGUCCCAAUUUAGUUUCGACAUUGACUACCUGAGCCACUGCAUAUUUCGAUAUAUUCAGAUUGUCUGAUAGGCAGCGACACGAUGGUGGCUGAACACUUGACCAUCCGCAAUCUCACCUCUACGCCUAUUACGCUGAAGCGCAUCGAACGCUUCCGCGCCCCUGAGAAGCCUCGCGAUGUUGACAUUGGUGCUCUAGCCAAGAACUUCACCAGGCUCGUGACAAAUGUCACUCGCGCUGAGGCGCCCGUCGCAUCAAUCACUGACGACACCAAACCGUUCCAGCACAAGGACGUCGAUAUCCAUGUUGAGCCUUUCAAGACGGUGCGUACCGAGUUGCGCUCUUACAUCGACUCAGACAAGGAGCGAAUUCGCUGGUUCUUCGAGUCCAGGGGCGAACGGCACCAGAUUCAAACCCCAGUGCCGACAACCGAAACCGCCAGCAUGAAACCGCUGAGCAAGGACGCAAACCUCCGGUUCACGGGUAUCUUCACGCCGGCAGAGUCCCACCUUGCCGUCUUUUCAUCUGCAAAUUUGAAUGCGUGGAUGCGAGAGCUCAAGGACGACACCUUGCUCUCGUCGUUAUCCAUCCCGGGAACGCACAACUCCCCCACAUGCCAUAUCGCACCACCCUCCGUCCGCUGCCAGGCCGUCAGCCCGCGCGAGCAGCUCAAGAACGGCGUGCGCUUUUUCGACAUCCGCGUGCAGCCCAAAUUCCCCAACGACAAGGCCAAGGACGAGCUUGCCUUAGUGCAUAGCACAUUUCCCAUAUCCCUUACGGGCGACAAGUACUUUCGCGACUUGGAGCGUGAAGUCAUUGACUUCCUGGAACACAACCCCUCCGAAACGCUCAUCAUCUCACUGAAACGCGAAGGGCCUGGAACCCACACGGACGAACAGCUCAGCCGCAUCAUCCGCGACCAUUACGCACGCCCAGGGAGCAGGUGGUACACCGACCCCAAGAUUCCAACUCUUGGCGAAGCCCGCGGCAAAAUUGUCCUCGUUCGCCGAUUCAACAUCCUCGAGGAACUCAAGGAAAUUCACGGCGGGCGAGGCUGGGGAAUUAACGCGACAGGCUGGGCGGACAACUGUGCCAAUGCGACGUGUCCCAGCGGCCAAAUCAUUAUCCAAGAUUUUUACGAAGUCAUGGAAACGCAGAACAUCAACAAGAAGAUCCAGUAUGUGACCGAACACUGCAAGCGCGCCAGCGAGACAUGUUAUCCCUUUGGGAUCCUCCCAGGACCUAAGGCAACAAGGGCCCAUCCAUUCUACAUUAACUUUUUAAGCGCGAGCAACUUCUUCAAGCUCGGGACGUGGCCGGAAAAGAUCGCCGAAAAGGUGAACCCGGCGACGGUUGAUUACCUUUGCAGGAAGCAUGGGGAGAAAGAGGGCGCGGAUUGGUCGACUGGUAUUCUAGUUACGGACUGGGUUGGUCUGGAUGGUGAUUGGGACCUUGCUAGGGCUAUCGUGGGCUUUAAUGCCAAGCUCAUGGUGAGGCAGGUAAAGCAGGAGAAUGAGAGGAAGGACCAUGAGCAGAAAUAAGAGAACGGGUGUAACUUGAUGUAAGUUGCUGUUUGGGGUCAGCUCAAUUAAACAGGUUGAGUUCAUGCUUAACGUUCAGAGACAACUGACUUUUAUAUUUCAAAACGACUACCAUGCGUAAGAAGUCUGCCAUUGAGGCUAAACAGAGAAUUCUUCUAGAAGACAAUCAUAAUCUUUACAAGAUCAAAAAUACAAGU